AAUCGCUGACACACACUGGAAGUGAAUCCCUACAAACCUGCUGCGCUACACUCAUUCAUCUGCUCAGCUGGAGGUUCACUGACACUCGCUUUUCUCUGUUUUUAGUUAAGUUCUGAGUGUUGAGAUAUGUCUGCUAUUAUUAGGAAGAUCAUCCACACUGCAGCUGCUCCAGCCGCUAUCGGGCCCUACAGCCAGGCUGUUUUGGUGGACCGCACAAUGUACAUCUCAGGACAGCUGGGCAUGGAUCCAGCAUCAGGACAGCUGGCGGCGGGAGUUCAGGCUCAAACCAAACAGGCACUCAUUAACAUUGGGGAGAUUCUGAAAGCUGCAGGAUGUGGAUAUGAAAACGUGGUCAAGGCCACAGUGCUGAUGACAGACAUUAAUGAAUUCAAUACCGUCAAUGAUGUUUACAAGCAGUUUUUCAAGAGCAAUUUCCCAGCUAGAGCUGCUUAUCAAGUCGUGGCCCUGCCCAGAGGGGGGCUUGUUGAGAUUGAAGCAGUCGCUGUACUGGGACCAAUUACAGAGGCUUCCUGACUAUAUGAUCCCAGCAUGCGUCACAAAUUGUAAAUACAGUUCGUUAUUUGGAGAUUAACCACAUAACGCAUUACAAAUUCCAGCAUGACUGGAUGACCAUAGAAAGAAAAUCAUUCCCUUCCAUCAUCUGAGGCCUUUUUCACUAAUCAUUAAAAGAUUUUUACUUUGUGAUUUAUUGUUGAUCUUUCAUCAUUAUAUGGACUUGAUUUAUUACAGUAACCAUUCAAACAACGUUCAAGUUAAACUUUAUUUCUUAACUCCAACAAAUCUGUCAAUAUCACAUGAGAUCCAACCCCACCACAAAAUAUUUCCUCCAUUCGUAGCGUUCUGAUCUCUUCUGUUAUUCGCUGGAAAACAUUAGCAUACAUAUAAUAUAGGCCUGUUUAUUAAAUAUUGUCAUUGUAAAUGUAUACAACAUGUAAUUAUGAUUUUUAUGAUUACAGUAACAGUUUAAACAAUAUACAUAUAUAAAUAACAUUUAUUUGAAAAAUUUCCAUUAUUUAUCUAUUUUUUUGGCUAUUUGCAACUUUUAUUCAGGUGGUACAGCUAGGCCUGUCACAAUAAUCAAUAUAUUGACUUCUCGCACAACACACGGACAUGACCUCAAAAUAAAAAACAAUUCUAGC